AGUCGACAAUAGCUUUCCCCACCUACACAGAAAACGAAGUUUGUUUUUGCACUAAUUUUACUGAAUAACUAUAGCUAAAGAAAAUAAUAACAAUAAUAAUAUCACUCGCCGGAGAAAAAAUGGCGCUUCUGAGGCUGAGCCCCGGCGACGUCGCCGGAUUCAAAGUUUUUUUCGCGCUGCUCGUUCUGUACGGGCUGAUAUCUUACCUCGUUCACUCCGUCAUCCACAUGAAGUUCGUCACGCCCCUCGGUGCGGACGCGCCGCUGGAUCGCUUCUCAGAAGCCAGAGCGAUCCAGCACGUGCGCGUUCUGGCGGAGGAAAUCGGCGGUCGUCAGGUUAGCUACGACGUCGUUUCAUGCCCUGUUCUCUAUGAAUGUGGGAGCCUCAAAUGUCGGUUGACUUUGCUUGUGGAAGUUGACAUGGAUUGUUUAGAAGACCCAGAGGGGAGUCCAGGUCUGAGACAGGCAGCAGUAUACAUUAAAACACAAUUAGAACAGAUUAAAGAACGAGCUGGAUCGAAUUUUAGGGUAGAGAUAGAAGAAACUGUUGUUAAUGGCUCCUUCAAUAUGAUCUUUUUAGGAAAGAGCAUCUCUCUAACUUAUAGGAAUCACACAAAUAUUCUUAUGAGGAUUUCGUCAGUUGAUUCACAAGAUAGUGACCCAUCAGUGUUAUUAAAUGGACAUUUUGAUACCCCUGCUGGUUCGCCAGGAGCUGGUGAUUGUGGCUCAUGCGUUGCAUCGUUGCUUGAAUUAGCGAGGCUCACUAUUGAUUCUGGUUGGAUUCCUCCUCGGCCAAUAAUAUUCUUAUUUAAUGGGGCUGAAGAAUUGUUUAUGCUGGGUUCACAUGGUUUCAUAACGACACAUAGAUGGCGUGAUACAGUUGGUGCUUUUAUUAAUGUCGAGGCAUCUGGGACAGGAGGAUUUGAUUUGGUGUGCCAAUCUGGACCUGGACCUUGGCCUUCAUAUAUCUAUUCUCAGUCAGCCAUAUAUCCUAUGGCAAAUAGUGCAGCUCAGGAUGUCUUUGGGGCAAUUCCUGGUGAUACAGAUUACAGAAUGUUCGCCAAUGAUUUCGGUGACAUUCCUGGCUUGGAUAUUAUCUUCCUGCUUGGUGGUUACUAUUACCACACCUCAUUUGAUACUGUAGAAAGACUAUUACAGGGAAGCAUGCAAGCACGCGGGGAUAAUCUAUUUAGUUUAAUGAAAGCCUUUGCUAAUUCUACUAAGUUAUUAACUGCUCGAGAACGAGAAAUCUUUGGAGCUGCUUCCAAUGGAUCCAGAGGAGAAAGGCCAGUUUUCUUUGAUUACUUCGCGAAGUUGUUGGUCUUUUACUCAAGAAAGCAAGCAAUGGUGCUCCACAGUGUUCCAUUGGCUAUCUUUGGCCUUAUGCCACUUUUGUUGUGCUUGAGAACUGGUAGUUUAUUCUCUAUCAUCAGUUCUUACCAUGACUUUCUUAAAGGAGUAUUGUAUCAUGCUAGUGGCAUAAUCCUCGCCAUUGUUAUUCCUGUAACUUUUGCUAUCUUGAGGUUACUGUUCACGGGAAAAUCAAUGAACUGGUUUGCUAAUCCAUUUUUGGCCUUUCUAAUGUUUGUGCCAUGCUCAGUUGUUGGUCUGUUGGUUCCAAGAUUUUUAUGGAGACAAUUUCCUCUCUCUCAAGAUGUUUCAGCCAACAUAUUAUCAAGGGAGGCGUAUCUUUUAUCUGGGUUGAGUGGAGGCUUUGUGACAUUCCUUGUUUCAGCUUUUAUGCUUCCUGCAUGGAUCUUAUUUCGUCUGUCAACCAAGUUCUUUGGUCACCAAUCUCUCAGGUCAACUGCAUGCUACGUGAUCCCUUUGAUACCUUGCUUGAUGUACUCCUUAUACUUUGGUGGAUUUGUUGCCGCGUUCUUAAUCGAGAAAAUGGGCAUGACAGGCUCCCUUCCGCCUCCUUAUGGUUAUUUUGUCCCUGAUGUAAUAGUUGGAGCCGUCAUUGGAUUAGUAACAGGCUGGUGUGUUGGUCCUCUAAUACCUGUGGUUGGAAAAUGGUUGACAAAAUCAUCAAUUGUACGACUUUUACUGCAUGUCACUGUACUUGCUUUGGCUGUAUCAUCACAAUUCUUUCCGUACAGCAACGAUGCACCUAAAAGAGUCGUUCUCCAGCACACAGUUCAGACCUCAGGUCCAAACCAAAUUUCGGAUGCCAGCUUUGAUUUUGCCGUAGUUGACUCCAACUCCCUGAUGUUUGUUUUCAAACAUGCGCCGGAAGCUGCGAAAGAGCUGCAUGGUAAUCAUGAAUUAAGUUUUGACACCGUUCAUCAGUCUGAUUUUGAGACAUGGAAGGGAAUUUUUCCAAUAUCUUCUCUAUUCUCUAGAAGUUUAAAGUUCCCCAAGAACACCGACGAUAUCUUGGAGCAAUAUAAACAUUUCCCACAUUUAUCUAUUGAUAAACCCAAAGUCAUUCCUGCCGGUGGACCUCGGAGAUUCAACAUAGAAUUUUCCUUGGGUUCUUUGAAGGAGGUGUGGGUUGCAGUCCUCAACAUUACUGGUCCAUUAUCAAAUUGGUCAUUCGCGAAUAAUAUUGUCCCAGCACCCGUCAAAGUUAGCAACGGGCCACCAUCAUACAUAUGCAGGCUGAGCGGCGCAGCCCAUGAGAACUGGACUUUCUGGUUGGAGGUGGAUGAGUCGGGAUCUCUGAGAGUCGAUGUUGCUGUAGUUGACUUAUAUUUGACUGAGCCGGUGAAUAAAUUGAAAGGCCUUUUCCCAAGUUGGAUGGAUGUUACUGCAUACACGAGUUUCAUGUCGUCUUAUAUCAUUUAGUUUUUGGGUCAUUUGAUUUCGUUCUCUCAUUGUAAGCGUGCUAACUAAAGGACUGAAGUCUGAAGGUAUAAGUGUCUUGGUGAAAAUUUUGCGUAGUGCUGAAUUCUUUGUGGUUCGGCAAUGAAAUUGAUGAUAAUUACUGAUUUAUAUCUCAACUUAUGAAGAUAAAGGGAUAAACUUG